GAGGCCGGGCUGCGUGGUGGAGGCGGCGGCGGGCAUUAGCGGCCAGAGCGCCCGCGGCCCACGCUCCGCAGUCGACAGUCGCGCGCCGGCCGCCGCCACGACCGCCACUUUGCACGCUGUCCCUGCCACCGCACAGCCGCACCACGCCGUCUACAGGAUCGGGGCGCGAUGCAGCCGGACGACGUGUCGUGCGAGCUGGACCUGGGCGAUCCGCCCGCGGAGCUCGUGGAGUUCGCCAGGGAGGAGCUCGGGGAGUCCCCGGACACGAGGGCCGCCGCGCUCCAGGAGCUCAGAGACCUCAUCUUUGAGCGCGGGGAGGUGGAACCACACCGCACGGACGACUUGUUCCUGCUGCGCUUCCUCAGGGCACGCUGUUUCCACGUGGAGCGCGCGCACAAGCUGCUGGUGAGCUACUACAAGUUCAUCGAGGAGAACCCGUACAUCCAGAAGGGCGUGUCGCUGCUGGAGCUGGACUUCAUCGGCGAGGACGACGUGCUGGGCGUGCUGCCGUACCGCGAGCAGACGGGCCGCCGCAUCAUGUACUACCGCAUAGGGAACUGGGACCCGGGCAGGUGUUCGGUGGAGGACCUGCUGAAGGCGUCGCUGGCGGUGCUCGAGCUGGGCAUCCUGGAGCAGAGGGCGCAGAUCCUGGGCGGCAUCGCCAUCUUCGACCUGGAGGGCCUCUCGCUGUCGCAGACGUGGUACCUCACGCCCUCCGUCGCCGCCAAGGUCAUGGCUCUCAUGGGGAUGGCCUUUCCUAUGAGGAUCCAUGCCAUCCAUAUAGUCAACCAGUCGUGGUUGUUCGACAUAGUGUUCUCUAUGUUUAAGCCAUUCCUGCAAGAGAAGAUGCGUGAGAGGAUCCACAUACAUGGAUCCAAUCUGGAGAGCCUACAUGCGCACAUUGACCCCAAGUUCCUGCCCGAGAAGUAUGGCGGCACAAGGCCAGAGUACUCCUACCGACAGUGGAUGGACUCACUCAGCCAAAACCCACUGAUCAUCAAGGAGCUGAAGUCCCUUGGGUACACAAGAGGAGAUGAGGAAGAACUCCCAUCAGAUUCUUCCUGAGUUCAACAUGUUUUAGCAAUUACUGUACAAUAGUCAAUGCUGGCCAAUGUUGAAGUGCCUUUAAGUAGUGCCUUAUCUAUAUAUCUUAGUCUUGCAACUGUUGUAUAUGAAUCUUUUCCUGCAUUGCCAAGUGUGCCUGAUUUUUGUAAAUUUAAUUUUUGUAUUAUACUGAGUAUAAGUAAUUUUGUUACAAGUGUAUUUUAAUAAAUAUUUAAUGAGAGUAAAAA